AUGGCGUUUUCUGCUAAAUAUACUCCUCGGCCUAUCACCGACAUCUUCACCAGCGAUACAGACAUCAAUCGACGAGAAUGCCGUCGAACAGUCCCCAUGAAGGUUCUCAUUCUCGGUCUGGGACGCACAGGAACAGCUUCAAUGCGGACCGCCAUGAAGGAACUCGGAUAUGUCGACACCUACCACAUGAUGAACUGUUCGAUCGAAAAUCCCCCCGACGCUCUAAUGUGGAUGGACGCUCUUGCCGCCAAAUACGACGGAGUCGGAGCGCCCUUCACUCGCGCCGACUGGGACCAGCUGCUAGGAAACUGCCAAGCAGUAUGCGAUUGGCCGGCCGUUGCAUUCGCAAGGGAGCUCAUCGAGGCGUAUCCAGAUGCCAAAGUCAUCCUCACGAAUCGCGACGUCGAUUCCUGGCACGCGUCUACCAUGCGGACGGUCUUCUGGCGAGUUACAGACCCCGAGUUGAGGUGCCUGCAGUACUUUAGCUGGGCGGCGGGCAUGUACUACCCUAUGCUUAAGAAGUUCUUUGAUACGUUUUUCAGAGGGGAUUUUGAGAAUUGCGGCAAGGAGGUUUUCAUCAAUCAUUAUAAUGAGGUUAGGAGUUUGGUGCCAAAGGAGAAUCUGCUGGAGUUUAGAGUCCAGGAUGGGUGGGAACCGCUGUGUAAGUUCUUGGAGCAGCCGAUCCCGAUGGGAUGCAAGUUUCCCAAUACCAACGACAACCGAGACUUCGUGGCUAGAUCGAGAAGGAGGAAUAGGAUGCAGAUGCUCAACGUGGGAGUCAGGUUCUUGGAGAUCGCCAUGUUGGUUGCCAUUUGUGCAUUCCUUGUUUCCGUGUUGUGGCGACUAUGA